AUGGGUUAUCUUAAGGAUUUUGUGGACCCCUCAAACUCCUCUGGAAAUUGGCUUUUUAAUUUCAGGAGGCCCCUAUUUGAUUGGGAAAAAGUGGAAUUACACAGACUCAUUGGCUCCUUAUCAGCGGUAUCUGGGCUAAAUCAGGAGGUCCAAGAUUGGGUUGUGUGUCUAGCAGCUCAGCCUGGUCAGUCUCUUGUCUCUGCUUUUUACAAACAUAGUAGUCACUUUCUUGGCUGUGAAGAUAGCACCAUUGUUGAGGUUUUUAAUGUAAUCUUUGGGAUAAUAAAGUAUUUUUCAUUGAUUAUACGUCGGCUUCCUAACACAAAGAGGUUGAAUUUGGAAGCUGUAGGUGUUGAGCUUGACGAGAUGGGAGCCGUAAAGGUGGAUGAGUUCUCUCGCACAAACAUUCCUAGUAUAUGGGCUGUUGGUGAUGUCAUAAAUAGAUUGAAUCUUACUCCCGUGGCCUUGAUGGAAGGCACCUGCUUUUCAAAAACUGUUUUUGGUGGGCAGCCUACCAAACCUGACUACAACAAUGUACCUUGUGCUGUAUUCUACAUACCACCUCUUUGUGUUGUUAGAUUAAGUGAAAAAGAGGCUAUUGAGCAAGCAAAGGGUGAUGUUUCGAUUUUUACGUCAACGUUCAAUCCUAUGAAGAACACUGUCUCAGGGCAUCAAGAGAAAACGGUUAUGAAGCUUGUUGUUGAUUCUGAGAUAGAUAAAGUUAUUAGAGCAUCCAUGUGUGGGCCAGAUGCACCUGAGAUUAUGCAGGUACUGUAUUUAUGCCGCCAAAGUGGUCACUGGGGUAUCAUCAAUGUCAUUGGAGCUAUGACUCUGACGCAUCGUGAGAUUGCCAGAACAUUUCGGGAGAAAGGUAUACCUUGUGAUGUUAUAUGGAUGGAUAUUGACUACAUGAAUAUGUUUCGUUGUUUCACUUUUGACCAGGCAUGUCCUUAGUAGACGAUCUUAGUAUAUAUAUAUCCCUGGUACGAUAAAUGAUUAGAAAAUGGUUAGCUAUUCCCUAGACCCUCCUGCCAUUAUUGACAUGGAAAAUGAACUUUUGUGAUUUGUAUCAGGAACGCGUUCCAGAUCCAAAAUCUUUAGUGAAAGAUCUAUAUCUCACUGGAUUCAAAGCAAUAGAGAAAUGGAAAAAGUGCAUUGGAGACAAAGAUGGAGAGGCUGAAUUACAAGUUAACAAAACUCAGAAGCAGCUAGUAGUAAGCUUGAAAUCUCACUAGAUUCAAAAUCUUUAGUGAAAGAUCUAUAUCAAAUACCACUAAGUUAAUGGGGCCAAGACGUAGCUGCAUUUAGUUCUGCUCUCUCCUGGUGCCGUAUAUUUUUAGGCUUGUUUUUCCUGUAAUCUAAUCUUAUCUAACUACUAAGUUGAAGCAUUAACUUACUGUUUCACUCUCUUGAGCUUUUGAUGCAUUCCACUCAACCUCGCAGUUUAGCUGCAGCAUGAGUCAGAAUAUGAUUAAAUGUAGUAAAUAUUAAAUAUUUCACAUAUCUCAAUAGAGAGAAGGAUGUUUGUACCUUCUAUAUGAGUUUUCCAUUAUGUUUGUUGCAUACUGCAUAAAUACCUUUUCAAAAAUCUUACUACUGCUGAAUGGCAUCUCAUAAUUUCUUCUUCUUCUUCUUCUUUUUUGAAAAGUUGCCUCUCAUAAUGUUUUACUAACUCUCUUGCAUUCACCCUCUUAACCUCUUCCCAUUUUGUCCAGAGCUUCUCUAUUUCCCUUU